AUGCCGCUGCCGAGCGUGCUCGGUAAUUGCCUGGAUGCCGUCAGCAACAGAUUGGAGGAGCUUUCGUACCAUUGCAAGCAGCUGCAUGCGCUGAACCAGUCCCUGGAAAUGGAGAAUGCUUCUAUGCGUUUGAAACUGUCCGAUAUCGAGCAGGCACUGCCUCAGCGGCAGGAUUUCGAGGGUCAAGAGGUGAACGCAGUCGCAACACCCGAAGUUGCCGAGGUGGUGAAGCCCAAAGCUCCAAAAGAUGUCUUUCUGCGGCCUGAAAGCGAUGAUGAGUUGCCGCUGCCAGGCGUGCUUCCGGUACCAGCCGAGCCUUCGUCCCCGCACCCGUGGCUUCCAGAAGGCAGUCCCGGCAGCAGCAGCCUCCGUGCCAUCGGCGUGGCACCCUCUCGUAUGACGUCUUUCCAGACGCUGCGGGACGUAGAUGAGGACGAGCCAGACGAUAUCAGCGACCCCGAGUAUGUGGAUGCGAAGAGCAUGCGCUUCGACACGCUGGUGUCGCAUCGUCUGCAGCUGGUCACCGACACCAGGCUGGCAGACGACACUUUCUUCCAUAAGGGCGAAUGGAAGCAGACGCUAUCGCUCUGUGGCUCAUUGGAGGACCACUAUGAUACGAGCAGGCCUUCAGAGAUCAUCGUCAACAGCGUACUCUUCAAAACAGUAAGCACGCUUGCUAUUGCCGCUAAUGCCCUUUACAUCGGCAUCCGCACUGAUCAGCAGCUCAAGUACAGCUACAACCGAAUCAACGGAGCAGCGGCAGUCCAGAUGUCAAACACUUUUGAGUAUGCUUUCUUCUGUUGGUUCAGCGCGGAACUCAUCCUGUACUUGGUUGCAUUCCGCAUGAGUUUCUUCAUAGGCAAGAACUGGUACUGGAACAUGUUCGACUUGUUCUUAAUAGCGAACGCGGCGCUUGAGCUCCUCAUUCCUGACUUGUUCGCCAACAUGUCCUUUCUCAGAAUUUGCCGCGUGUUUCGACUCGUUCGGGUCGUUCGACUCGUCCGCACGGUGAAAUGGCUCCGAUCGUUGAGGACCAUGCUAUUUGCUAUGAUCAGCUCACUGGGAUCACUGAUUUGGGCGUUCGUCAUGAUCUGCUUCAUAAUGUUCGUAUUUAGCAUCAUCUUCGGCAAUGCUGCUGUGUCCUAUUUUGAUCAAGUGAAUGCUGACAUUACCACCGAGCGGGAUGAUGCGGAUGCAGUGUAUGAUUCCUUCGGCUCCCUUUUCACAUCCUUCGUAACUUUGUUCGGGGCGAUCUUUGGCGGUACUGACUGGAUGAUUUUUCAACCCACGCUGAGCCUACUGGGAUCUGGUGGUUACGGUGAGCUGUACUUUUGCAUGUUCCUCUUUUACAUCGGGUUUUGCUUAGUGGGAUUGCUGAACGUUGUCACGGGUAUUUUCGUGGACAGUGCGGUCACAACCCGCACGGAAGACGAGGUUGUGGAUUCAUACCGUGAAGAUCUUCAAAGAACGUCGGACGAAGUCCAACGUAUCUUUCAUUCAGCAGAUGUUGGUGACUCUGGCCGGUUGACGCUGGAGGCUUUUUCCCGGUGUUUGAAGCAGAACGCUUGGGUUGCGGCUUAUUUUGCCGGCCUUGAUAUUGGGGCCGAUGAUGCAGGUACAAUCUUCACUCUCAUGGACACGAACGGCAGUGGUGACAUUACCGUGGAGGAGUUUGUUCAAGGCACCAUGAAGCUCAAAGGCCAUGCGAAAAGCAUUGAUAUUUUUGCCAUCAUGUUCGACAUGACCCGCCUGGGAUUGCAAGUUCAGAAGCUCUGCUCUCUCGUGGAGGAUCAAUUUCGCGACGUCAAGCGCAUGGUGGAGCCAGAGAGACCUUUGACGAGGAAACGGCUGUUCAAGCCCCUGAAGAGGCUGAUGGAGGAGCUGGAUGUGCCCGAGGAUGACGACCCAACCAGGUCUUGCCGGUUGAGACUUCUGAAGCGACUGUCGCAAGCCCGUGUUGCAUAA